UAUGAAUUCAAUCAUAUUAUGAUCACUGCCUCCUAAUGGUUGAAGGUCUAUCUGACUCUAUGCUAAUGUCCAAGGAUGAUUUUUUAAAAAAUACCUUGGUCCUGGAAGCAAAAAGGUAAAAUCUUCUGCAGAAAAUGCUGGAACUACUUAAUGAAGCACCGUUAUAGUAGGUAACUUGUAAUUGCUGGUUUGUCCAUCUCACAAGGCUCUCUUGGCUUUGCUUACUUGAGCAGUGAAGCAGAAGCUUACUGAACAUGACUGAUUCUGCUGCCAAAAUGAAACCUCUUCAUAACGGUGAUUCGUCAGAAGACUUUUUUGACAUGAACUAUUUUUCAUGGAAUGUCCGGUGCACUCUGAUAGUCGCUGGUUUUAUGUUCUAUUUUGUAGUUUUCCUUUUAUCACACAUGUUCGGCCUUGCACUGUCGCUGACUUACCGCUCCCUGGCAGCAAAGGAGAAGGUUUUCUGGAAUCUUGCCGUCAGCCGUGGUUUUUUUGGGAUCCAGGGCCUGGUGGCAGGUCUUUGGGCGCUCCUCAAGGAUCCUGUCCUGUGGGCUGACAGAAUGCUCGGUCAACAGAACUGGUGCUGGUUUAAUAUUCUGACAGCAGUUGGCUUCUUCCUGUUCGAGAAUGCAGCUCUCCAUGGCUCCAACGUUGUUUUCAAAACCUUUGAUUUGCCUUUGGCUCUCCAUCACUUCUUUGCCAUUUCUGGCUUUGGUAGCGUUCUGAUAUGGGACAAUGUUGGCCACUAUCUGCCCAUGCUGAUAUUGCUGCUGGAAAUGAGUACCCCAUUCACUUGCAUCUCUUGGAUAAUGUUGAAGGCGGGUUUUUCGCACAUGCGGCUUUGGAAACUGAACCAGUGGCUGAUGAUCCACAUGUUCCACUGUCGUAUGAUCCUCACCUACCACAUGUGGUGGGUCUGCUGGCAGGACCUGGACAAAAUCAAGCUCUACGUUCCAGUUCCACAGCUGGUGGUGUUCUUUGCCGGGCUUUUUCUCCUCACAUUCAUCAUCAAUCCAUACUGGACACACAAGAAGACGUUGCAGCUCUUUAACCCAGUGGACUGGAACUUUGCAAAAGAAAGAAGCAGUGUGGCAAAUGGUGAAAGGAACAUGACUCUUAAGAAAGCAACAUGAUGUGGAGCAUACAGCUGCCAUCUGGGUGAUGAAGGAAAUUGGCAAAUGGGCAACAUUUGACACUUAAAUUGUACAUCAAUUUGGGUUCAGGCCUGUCCCCCAGACUUGGAACUUGUUUAUGUUUUAAUUGUCACUACCAUCAAAGUAUUCCUACAGUCCAAGUUAUGCAGUGAUACUGACCGUGAGGCAGAAAAGGUUUUGAGAAAUUGAAACUGUUGGUUUACAUGUAUAUGGUUUGAACACUGAUUUGACAAUUCCUUCUUAAACCUUUCAUGAGAUUUUUUUGGCAAUUGAUUCUCAGAAGGUCCUUUUUUUAAAGUAAUUCAUCAGACAGUAAUAAAUAGUAACUAACUGAUUGUAUUAAUGUUUUUGGAUAAUAUAUUCCUUUGACAAUGUCAUUGAGCUUGUGUCUACUUCCUGCUCAUUGUGAUAAAUACUUAACUUAUCUGCACUCACACUAGUAAAACUUUGCUGCAGUAGAUUCUUCUUUGACAUUUAAGACAUCAUGGUAACUUUUUCAGUAUUUUAUCUCUUCAUAUAGUUGUUCACUGUUAAACAGUAUUUUACAUUCUUAAUAUUGAUUGCUGAAGAUCCAGUAUGUGCCCUGUAAUAAUUAACUGUGUGAAAUGUAAGGUUUCUAUAAGCUGCCUAUGCUAUAUUGAACCUGAAGUUUGUGUAUUACUGGAAGGAAAGUCCUACAAGAACUCCCUUAGUCCUGGCAGAGGAAAUGCCAAUUGGACACUUAUUUAAAAGGCUAUUUGUAUUACAGUUUAUUUGUAUUUUGUGGAUGUUACCUGUACAAUUUCUAGAACUGGCUAAUUUCCAAAGAAAGUCUUGCGCUUGUUUUGCCAUAUUACUGCUGGUUUAGUUUUAUAAUUUGCCUCAUAACCUUUGUACUCUUUGAAGAUAAGCAACAGAGCAAUUUUUUGUUGGAUUUGCAAGUUUUAUACUUCCUCAUUGUCAUGAUUCUUGUCAACAAAGGAGGGAAAAUCGCAACACUUCCAAUUCGGGCAAAUUCAGUGUGAAGGUGAGCAGCCCACCUGUCCUCUUUAAAGAGCACAGGAAGAUGGAAGCACACAAAAUACAGGAGGAACCCAGCAGGUCAGGCAGCAUCUAUAGGGAAAAAAAAGUAAACAGUUAGUGUUUCAGGCCGAGACCCUUCAUCAGUAUUGCUUUGAUUUCCAGCAUCUGCAGAUUUUCUCUUGUUUGUAGUUUGAAAAGUUUGUCUCCAGUUCCAAAGGACAACAUUUUUGAUUGAAGUUGUGAUGAUUGUUUGAAACAUCUGCUUUGAUUCAAAUAGUUAGCGAAAGGUGAAGAACUGACCACGGAAAUGUGAGAGUAAUUUUCACUAUACCUUUUGGGAGGUUUAAGCCUUUGACUUGGGCUGAGUUAAUUUUAAGCUGAUUUUUAAAUUUGUCAGAUUUUAACUUUUUACUGGGUGAUCAAUCUCUGAAACAAGGCAUGGUAAGCUAUGUGUGGUCAGACUAUCCAUACCAGGUUUCCCUCUGGUCCCCAAGUUGAUCUAUUUAAUUUUGGAGUUGGCCUUCAGUAGUCAUUGAGACCCAAGGAUGAAAUCUUGUGUCAGGCUAAUCAAAUUCAUUGUUUUACAAACACUGCAGUAAACAGAGUAAUUGGUAGUCACCAAAAAUAAACCUGUGCAUGCCAAGUGUUUAAGGAUGAUCUAGUCACAGUUUCUGAAAUGGGGGAAAGGGUUUUACUAGUCAGUUAAUGAAGGAAAAGACGGAGAGCUAAGAGCAAGUCUUGAAGAAAUUUGGCCAGGCUUUGAAAUUUGGUUCUAUUCCAGGAAAGUAGUCCAAAAAUGUUUUUCCUUUUGUUUUCUAAGUGCAAGAUGAUUUUAUUAUUUUGACAAGGGAUUGUAGUUGUCGCCCAAUGAGAAUGGUGGAAACAGCAGCUGUAUAUGAUCGCUUAUUUAAAUAAACCAGCCCAACCAUUGCUCAAGUCCUUGAGUUCUCAUUCGCUUCUUUGUAUAAGUUUGGAGAUGUGAUUUAAAAAAAUGCCUCAAUAAAGAACAGCAAGUAAGCAUUCAUGGGUUCAUGGCCUAUUCAGAUGGCAAAACCGUUCCUAAACACAUUCUGUGUGUCUUCAAGCUUCUGUACCUCCCUGAUGGUAGUAAUGAGAAGAGGGCAUGUGCUGGUUGGAGAGGUUCCUUCAUGAUAGAUUUUGCCACCUUGAGGCAGUGCCUCUUGAAAAUGACCUCACAGGUGGGUUGUGCCUGUGACAGAGCUAGCUAGCUUCUGCAGUGUUUUUCAUCAUGUGCAUUGGAAUCAACAUAUCAGGCUGUGAUGCAACCAGCCAGAAUAGAACAGUACAACACAGUACCAGCUCUUUGGU